AUGCCCAUUGAGCAGAGGCUUUUGGGCAAGACGGGCAAUAUGGAGUAUAUGAACGCUAAUUUUACUUCCAUUAAGGAUUUGGACAUUAUUGAUGAAAGAAUUAGUGAACUUGAAGCUUUUAAAUUAAAGAUUAACGAGGCUGUAAAAGCCAAAGUAUCAAACGAAUCAAGAUCGAGCUCGAAUGUAUCCACACAAUAUGAAGAGCAAAAACAUAGGAGAGUAGAGGAGGUGUUGGAAGGAUUGAAUUCUUUGUUAACUAAGCCAGAUGACGAAGCAUUGGCACAAAUCGGUGAAUUAAUAGAGCAUUAUGGAAACCUAGCAGUAUUGGAUAAUGCCAGUCUGUUAUACAAGAGGAAGCAGGAAUUGAAACUUGGGAUGGCGUUUUUACAACAGGCAAGAGAUUUAGAGACGGACAUUGAAAGUCUAGCGAUAGAUGACAUAACUAAGGUAUCGCAGACUAAAGAAAGGCUCCAAAAGCUUGCCAAUGAACAUGAAACUAUACCUAUUAAUAGCAAGGUGAUCAAGCAGUUAUCUGAUACAUUAGAUAACAAGAUUGCAACGUUUAAAACGAGGCUUGAGGACGAGUUUAAAAAUGUCCUUGUAGAAAUUAAAUGGUUAGCUCCUAAGUUCGAGAAACGUUCAAUACCACAAGCAAAAAUGUCAUCGAUACAUACGUAUAUGUCCAAAUUGUUUGAACUACAAUCAAUUAAUAGUGCGCCUGAAUAUCCUAAUACUUGGUGGGCUACAGACGUGCUUUUAGAACCGAUCGUGAUACGUUUCAAUUACCAUUUCAAUACAGCCAAUAAAGAAACGAACAAGCUCUCUAAACCUGAAUGGGCUCUUAAUUUCAUUGAAAACUUUCUUUCAGAAAACUUAUUGUACCUAAAAUUAGUCAUAGGGGAUACCAUUAAACCAUUUUCUGGAAUUAUUGACUAUGAAAUUAUCAAUACUCUAUUGAAUCCAGUGAGGGAAAAGAUGUUUAAAAUGAUUGAAUCGAUUAAUGAAAAUAUUGCAAAAUCACAGGAGGGUCAAGAGAACAGAGAAAAAAGUGGUAGAAUUUUAUCCCAUUUAAUUUUUGAAUUGUCGUCCUUCGACCAGAGACUCAGGAAUGUUUACAAAUUCAACCCAUACGUAAAAGACAUUGCCAUUUUGCCCUCGAAGAAAUGGAUGGGUUUAACGGGUGACAUAUUAUUGCAUGGGGAUAAUGAAAAUUUAGCUGCUGUGAAUUGGUUGAACUUUGAAUUCGAGUUAGCCACGGAAAGAUUCAAUACUGAAAUCAUUCAUUCAGACAAAGCAUUCAAGAUAGAUUUUGAUUAUCAAGCCUCGCAAGAACCUAGGAAAUUUCACGAAAGGCUUCUCAAGCCUACGUAUUCCGCUUAUAAUUUAACAAAGCUUUUUAACAAUUUAACGAGUCAUCAUAAGACUUUAAAUAUUGUCAAAUACCAAUUAAAAUACGUCUCAAAUAUUCAACUAAAGCUAAUUGAUUUAUACUAUGAUAAGUUGAAACAACUAUUGCGCAGUUUCAGUGACACAUUUAACCUGAAGUUAGUAUUAAACUUCAUCCCAGGUGGAUUAGGUAACGAUAACAACACAAAUACAGACUCUAAUAAUACGAAGAAUGGAUUGAAAGGAUUAGAAAUUUUAACUGAAAUGUAUUGCCUGACCAAGUUUAUAAAUAAUAAUUUGGAACAAUGGAGUGAGGAACUUGUCUUCAUCCAACUUUGGAAUUCAUAUAAAUCGAUCAGUAAUAAGACACAUUCUUUUGGCCUGACAAUAUUUGAUAAUUCCAUAAACGAUUUCCAGUCGUUAUUAACAAAGAUCUUGAGUAACUAUGAACAGUUUUUCAGAAAGGAAAUCAAGACUUCAUUAAAGAACUACGUUAAUUCAAGUCAAUGGGAUAUUGGCACUAAUAAUAAUCUCGAAGCCUCGUCUGAUCUUUCAUUGCUUGUCAAUAACCUUCCGAUAUAUAUGAGCUACCUUGAAAAAUGCUUAUCGGAUUUGGAUUACUACUUGAUCACCAAUAAGAUAGUCACUUUAUUAUCAGUGGUUCUACGCGAAUUCAUUAUUACAAAUAAUCAAUUCAGUGCCACUGGUGUUAGGCAAUUGAAGGUAGAUUUUGAGUUUAUAAUAAGUCAAUUAAAGCGUUCCCUACUUUUGUCGCUGUCAUUAAAUGACUAUUCAAAUAUUAAUAAUAAAGAGUAUCUAAAAGUGAACGAGUCCAUUGAGUUUUUGCUAGAAAUUGAUUCACAAACUGCGAAAUUAUACAAAAACCAUUAUGAUAAAAUACCAGAAUUGAGGUCAAAAUUCGAUGGAGGAUUAAAGCAUUUAUCGAACCAUGAAAUUAAUGAUUUGGUUUUUCGUAUUUUAUAG